AUGGGGUAUGCUAAAGCUCUAGAGGGCAACACGCAAUGUUGUGUGCAUGACCUUGUAAGCAUAGAAGGUACAUAUGACCGCUAUCAGGCAUUUGCAAGAGCCGGAAAGGACGUGAAUGAACCUGGUGCAAGUAACAACAAUGAUGGAGAUCCUUCAAAUAUACAGUCAAGGCUUAAAGAGAUUACUUCCUGGUCUCUUCAAAACAAUGCUGAUGACUCAGAUGCUAAUGAGCUAGAGAAACUGGAGAAACUACUGACAGAUGCUUUGAAGAAUACAAGAUCCAAGAAGUUUCACUGUUUCAGCACAACUCAGAGGAAAUGUUGGCGCAACGAAAUAGCGGUGCGGGAACGAGUGCAAGCGGCGAGAACUCCGGUCGUCCUAGGGGACAGAAGGAAGGAAGGACUUGAGCAGCCAUAUGAUGUGCAUGCAUUUGGUACAAGGAAAGCUCUGCUGCUGAUGCCAAUCUCUUCCCCAGCUAUUGGUUAUGAAAGAGUUGUGAAGGCUGCUGCUUGUAAGGUCCAGCAGGGAAAUUUCAAUAAAAGGGUGGUGGGUUAA